AAAUCGUUUAUCUCUACGCGCGAAUCAGUAUUCAUGAGUGCGUGAACAGUGAAUGAAAGUGUGUAACGGAAUAUUGUAAUUUAAGAUAUUAUAAGUAAUAUCUUUUUUGUACCUUGCUUACUGCUUGUAUUACAUUCUAUUUAUUAUAAUCAUGGCGGUGCAACCUAAUCAACAAUUUAGUAUGGAUCCUCCUACACAACAGGGUUUUGUCCGAUUCUUUAAAAGUCUUCCGGAGAAAUUAAACACAACUAUACGGUUUUUCAAUAGAUCGGAUUAUUAUACAGUGCAUGGAAGUGAUGCCUUGUUUGCUGCACAAGAAGUAUUUAAAACAACAUCUGUUUGCAAGAUGAUUGGAGCUGAGCCACAUAAAACGGAAGGAGUUAUACUCAAUAAAGGUCACUUUGAAACAUUUGUGCGUGACUUGUUGUUGGUAAAGCAAUAUAGAGUAGAAGUUUAUGUCAAUCAAGGCUCCUCUAAGAAUCAAAAUUGGAUCUUGGAGUACAAAGGCUCGCCAGGCAACUUAUCUCAUUUCGAAGAUAUUUUAUUUGGUAAUAAUGACAUAGCUGUGGGUGUAUCUGUAAUAGCUGUGAAACUGGGUAUAGAAGGAAAAUCCAGAGUCGUCGGUUUAAGCUGUGUGGACGUGGUUUCAACGUUAAUUUCAGUUGCUGAGUUUCAAGAUAAUGAGUCAUUUUCGAAUUUAGAAGCACUCGUUGUAACUCUUGCACCAAAAGAAUGUUUAUUAAUUCAAGGGGAAGGCAGUUAUGAAUUCCAGAAUCUUAAACAGCUAAUGGAAAGAAGCAACGUAUUGGUGACUGUAAGGAAAAAAAAUGAAUUUUCCAGUGAUUCAAUUAUAGAAGAUUUAAACACAUUGAUAAAAUUUAAAAAGGGACAAAAACAAGAUGCUCAAUCUUUAUCUGAAGUUAAUUUAAGUAUAGCUAUGUCUGCCACAUCUGCUCUCAUCAAGUAUUUAGAUUUGACAUCAGAUGAAGGUCAUAUGAAUCAGUUUGUCCUAAAACAAGUGGAGCAAUCACGAUAUUUAAGAUUGGAUUCUGCGGCAAUAAAAGCUCUUAACAUCGAGCCUCGUGUUGAUUCAGCCUCCAAUUUACAUGGGAAUCCCGCCGCCAGUAUUUUAACAUUACUAGAUAAAUGUAGAACUGCACAGGGUCAUAGAUUGAUCGCACAAUGGGUUCGUCAGCCUCUUAGAGACUUAUCUCUAAUAAAAGAACGACAUGACGUCGUUGAAUUAUUAGUGAAAAACAAUGAAUUGAGAUCUACUCUUUGCGAAGAUUAUCUGAGACGUAUACCUGAUUUGCAACAACUUGCAAAGAAGCUGGCUAGGAAAAAGUCAGUGUUGCAAGACUGUUAUAAAAUUUACUUGUGCGUAUCAUACUUGCCGAAGUUAUUAGAGCAACUUGCAUCAGAAGCGAAUCUGGCUGCACUAAAAGCGAUGAUAAUAGAUCCUUUGAAAGAACUUAUUGAGGAUAUGGAUAAAUUUCAACAAUUAGUGGAACAAACAAUCGAUUUAGAUGCUGCUGAGAAGGGAGACUUCAUGGUUAAUGCAGGAUUUGCGGAUGACUUUAAAGCUCUAAAAGAUGCCAUGGAUGAAACAGAGGAAAUAAUACAACAACAACUCAGUAAAGUGGCGGAUGAUCUCCUUUUGGAGGCAGGGAAAACGAUAAAAUUAGAAUCUAAUCAACAAUUCGGUUAUUACUUCCGUAUCACAUUAAAGGAAGAGAAAAUACUCCGGAAUAAGAAACAUUACAACAUUUUGGAUUCUAACAAAGCUGGUGUGAGAUUCCGAAAUAGUAAAUUAAGUGAAUUGAAUGAUGAUUUUAUAGCUGUCAGAAAUAAAUACAUGGAUAAACAGAAAGAUGUUAUUGCUGAGAUUAUGGGAAUUGCAGCUGGUUAUAGUGAAACAGUACGUGCUAUCGGUGGCGUAUUGGCAUGUCUCGACGUUCUCACUGCAUUUGCUUCUGCUGCAGUAAGUGCUAACAAAGUGUAUGUGCGCCCUAAUAUGGUGCCAAGUGAAGAAGGUGAACUGAAUCUCGUUCAAAUUAGACAUCCGUGUCUGGAGAUGCAACAAGGAAUAGACUACAUUGCUAACGAUGUUAAUUUUAAGCGAGAUCAGUGUCAUUUUUGUAUUAUAACUGGGCCAAAUAUGGGAGGUAAAAGUACUUACAUUAGAUCUGUUGGUGUAACCGCACUGAUGGCUCACAUUGGUAGUUUUGUCCCUUGUGAUGAGGCAACUAUAUCAUUAUUAGACUGUAUAUUGGCUCGAGUGGGAGCUGAUGAUUCUCAGUUGAAAGGAUUGUCGACAUUUAUGAUGGAGAUGAUAGAAAGUGUUGCUAUUUUAAAAACGGCAACAUGUAACUCUUUAGUAAUUAUCGAUGAAUUGGGUAGAGGAACAUCAACCUAUGAGGGUUGCGGAAUCGCUUGGUCGAUAGCAGAAUAUUUGGCAAAGGAAAUUAAAUCGUACUGUCUUUUUGCUACACAUUUUCACGAGAUCACCAAACUAGCAGAAGAAAUACCUACUGUAAAAAAUCAACAUGUCACUGCUCUUGUUGAGGAUAACAAGUUGACAUUACUUUAUAAAGUAAAACCGGGAAUUUGCGAUCAAAGUUUUGGUCUACAUGUCGCAAAAAUGGCCAAUUUUCCUCAAGAUGUAAUAGAGUUUGCUAAAAGAAAACAAGCAGAACUUGAAGAUUAUCAAGGUGUAGUUUUUGAAGGAUCUGAUAAUUCCCAGAAGAAACAAAAGAUUAUUCAGGAAGCUGAAACACUAAUUUCACAAUUUCUUACAAAAUGCAAUUCUUUGGAUCAAUCUUUAUCUGAUGCCGAUUUAGUAAAACAGAUAUCAUCACUGAAGGAAGAUGUCCUUUCUCACAAAAACUCUUACAUUGAAGCAUUAUUCACCGCAUCUUAAGUAAAAUCAAGAAUUGUAUUGUGUUAGCAAUGCAUUAUAGAAAAAAGAUAAUAUGAUAAAUAGUAUUAUUUUU